GACAGACGGACCCAAACCCGAUCCCCAAACUGGGCAUUUCGCUCACGAGCUCUCCGCCUCUCUCCCACACCAAUUUCGAAACAGCGAGAGCCAAAAAGGGGCGGACGCGAACGAAACCCUCGUCGCCUCGCCUCUCAGAUUAGGCCCCAGGCUCGACCCAGAGGGAGGAGCAGGAGCUUCGGCCUCUCGAGGCGCUCGCCGCCCCGCCCAAUUCGCUGCGGCUCAAGGCCGAGGUGUCCUGGGGAUGGCUGCCGUCGCGGCCCAGCUCAGGGAGCUCGGGGACAAGCUCGGCUCCGAGCUGCCGGCCGAGGCCGGCGCGCUCGCCAAUCUCCUUGAGCAAGCUGCUGAAUGCUUACAUGGAAUAGAACAGUCACCAGGGUCCUCGGUGAUGGAAGCUAUCCAACCAUGUCUAACAGCAGUUGCCAGAAAAGAAUUGCUGAAACAUCAGGAUCAAGAUGUUAAAGUUCUCUUGGCAACCUGCUUCUGUGAGAUUACUAGAAUAACUGCACCUGAAGCUCCAUAUAAUGAUGAUCUUUUAAGGACCAUAUUUCGUCUGAUUGUUGGUACAUUUGGUGGACUCGCUGAUGUUAAUAGCCAUUACUUUAGCAGGAGAGUUGCUAUUCUGGAAACAGUUGCAAGAUACCGGGCAUGUGUUGUGAUGUUAGACCUUGAAUGCAAUGAUCUCAUCACAGACAUGUUCCGAACUUUUUUAGAAAUCGUCAGUGAAAAUCAUGAAACAAAUGUUGUGAAAUCAAUGCAGACAAUUAUGGCCCUUAUUAUAGAUGAGAGCGAGGUUAUACAUCAAAGCCUUCUACAUGUACUGUUAUCAGCUUUAGGCCGUAAAACAACUGGUAUUUCUUUAUCUGCACGUAAGCUGGCUCGGGGUGUUAUAGUGCAAUCUGCAGGAAAACUCGAACCAUACAUAAAGAAGUUUCUCACAUCAUCCUUGGCUGGGGCCAACAGUUCUGCAAAUGGUCACAUUGAUCACCAUGAGGUCAUAUUUGAUGUGUAUCAGUGUGCUCCAAGGGUUCUUAAAGUGGCGGUGCCUUUUAUAACUGGGGAACUACUGGCGGAUGAAGUAGAAAUGCGGUCUAAAUCAGUUGAGUUGCUUGGGGAACUUUUUUCUUUACCUGGAGUCCCUGUAUUGGAAUCUUUUAAGUCUCUUUUCAUUGAGUUCAUGAAGAGAUUGACUGACAGAGUGGUAGAAAUCCGUCUUUCUGUGAUCGAGCAUUUAAAGAAAUGUCUAAUCUCAAACCAUUCCCGUCCCGAAGCUCCUGAGAUUAUCAAGGCACUUUGUGACAGACUGUUGGAUUACGAAGAAAAUGUACGAAAACAAGUUGUGGCUGCUGUUUGUGAUGUAGCUUGCCAUGAAUUUGGUGCUGUGCCAAUUGAAACUAUCAAACUAGUAGCCGAGCGUGUCCGUGAUAAAUCGCUUCCAGUGAAGUGCUACACCAUGGAGCGUUUGGCUGAUAUCUACAAGCUGUAUUGCCUGAAGGGUUCUGAUAGUUCGACUAAUUCUGAUAAUUUUGAGUGGAUACCUGGAAAAAUAUUGAGAUGUAUUUACGACAAAGAUUUUAGGCCUGAGUCAAUUGAAUCAGUCCUAUGUGGCUCAUUAUUUCCAGCAAAGUUUCUGACAAAGGAAAGAGUGAAACAUUGGGUAAUUGCUGCCACACAUUUUGAUAAAGUCGAGAUGAAAGCUCUUGAACAGAUUCUACUGCAAAAGCAAAGACUGCAACAAGAAAUGCUGAAGUACAUGUCCCUUCGACAGACAAGCCAGGAAGAUGCAGCUGAUCUGCAAAAAAGAAUCUUGGGAUGUUUUCGGAGCAUGUCCCGUUUGUUCAGUGACGCGGUAAAGGCUGAGGAGUACUUGAACAUGCUUCAUCAGCUGAAAGAUGAAAACAUCUGGAAAAUGUUCGCAAGUUUGCUUGAUUGCGCAACAACAUUCGAUAAAGCUUGGUCUAUUCGGGUUGAUUUGCUCAACUCACUUGGUGAAAAACAUGAACUGUAUGAUUUUGUCAGCACACUAUCAAUGCGAUGUUCGUAUCUACUUGUGAAUAAGGAAUAUGUCAAAGAGAUCUUGUCUGCAGCUUCUGAGCAAAAAACUACUGGGAAUACAAAACUCAUCUCAUCAUGCAUGGAUCUUCUGACGGCAAUAUCUAGUUUCUUCCCUUCACUUUUAUCUGGAUUCGAAGAAGAUAUCAUUGAACUUCUGAAGGAGGAUAAUGAAGUUCUUAAAGAGGGCAUUGCUCAUGUUUUAUCGAAAGCUGGCGGUAACAUUCGUGAACAACUGGCCUCAUCAAGCUCUGUUGCUCUUCUGUUAGAGCGGCUAUGUUUAGAGGGCACAAGGAAGCAGGCUAAAUACUCUGUUCAUGCUUUAGCUGCUAUAACUAAAGAUGAUGGUCUGAUGGCACUAUCUGUUCUUUACAAGAGGCUUGUGGAUUUGUUGGAGGAGAAGAAAGUUCAUUUACCUUCUAUCUUGCAAUCUUUGGGGUGUAUAGCUCAGAUAGCGAUGCCAAUUUUUGAAACAAGGGGGGAAGAGAUAAUAAGUUUCAUAACCAAAAAGAUUCUUGACUGCAGUGAUGAUACGGCUAAAGUUUCUGCUGACAAAUCUGAAUGGGGUGAUAGUUCGCAUAGUUGUUUGUUAAAGAUUUAUGGCAUUAAAACUUUGGUAAAGAGCUGUCUACCUUGCAAAGAUGCUCAAGUGCAUCCUGAAAUAGAAAAAUUAAUGGACAUCCUUAAGAGCAUUCUUACAUAUGGUGAUAUUUCCCCAAACAUGAUAUCAAGUGCUAGUGAUAAGGCCCAUCUGAGGCUGGCUGCAGCGAAAGCUGUUCUCCGCUUAUCAAGGCAAUGGGACCAUAAAGUGCCUGUUGAUGUGUUUUAUUUGACACUAAGGAUUUCACAGGAUGAUUUUCCUCAAAUGAGGAAGUUGUUUCUCAGUAAAGUACAUCAAUACAUCAAGGAGAGGGCUUUGGAUGCAAAAUAUGCCUGUGCCUUCUUGAUAGGCAUAGACGAUUAUCGUACACCACAGUACGAAGAGUUCAAGCACAACCUGAUCGAAGUGUCACAGAUAUGCCAACAAGUUAAGAUGCGUCAACUAUCUGUCCAAGCAGAUGUGAAUUUGCUGACUGCUUACCCAGAAUAUAUUAUUCCAUAUUUGGUUCAUGUCCUCGCUCGUGAUCCUUCAUGCCCUAACAUUGAGGAAUAUGAGGAUAUCAAAGCAUUUGGUCCAAUUUACUGGCCAUUGCAUCUACUUCUUUCAACCCUCCUGGGAGAAGAAGGUUUGCAGUAUAGUGUACCUGGUAUGAAAAAGGAGAGUUUCGUGACAACAUUAUCUAUAUUGAGAAGCAUCAAAUGUUCGAAAGAUGUGGUCGAUGCAAAUAAGACCAAGACUCUACAUGCUAUAUGUGAUCUUGGUAUUCUUAUUGCAAAGAGGUUAUGUCCGGACCAGAUAAAUGUAUCCGAAAGUCAGAUGGUUCCAUUGCCUGCACAACUUUAUGCGACAGUUCAGGAUGACAAAAAUGAAAACCCUGUGGAGAAUGAUGAACAGAAGUGGUUGGGAUGUGAGACUGUACUGUCCCAUUUCGAGGCUCUUAUGACAACAAAUAUUGCUGAGGUUGAAUCUCCCGAAGAUAAGAUGCUCAUAGAUGAGACCGAUGAAUUUGGUAAUGAGAUCCCUCUAGGGAAAAUUGUCCAAAUUCUUAAAUCCCGAGGAGCAAAAAAGACGGGGGGGAAACAGGAGGCAGCAUCUGUUCCAGUAAAUACUGGAAAAGAUGAUGAUGUCUUGGGUUUGUUAAGAGAAAUAAACCUGGAUAACCAGGACAAUCUGGGGGAGUCGGAAAAGAGCAAACCAAAGAAGCCACAGAUGGAUAUGAAAGAGGGCAACGAGAAGCCAGUAGAUUUUUCGACACCAAAGCGCAAAAGAUCAGUUUCUAAGAGUAGACCACACUCAGGAAAAGGCAGUAAAGACAGUGAUGAGCUUUUAGUGCAUUCUGUCAGCAAAGGAAAAACCAACGACUCUUUAGAAAACAAGUUGAAGGAGAAAAGAAGAGCUGACUCAAAUGAUAAGGACUUGGUAGCCUCACCUACCAGUACCAAAACCCCUGUAUCGAAAGGGAAAAAGGAUGCUAAGUCCCAUACUGAAGUCUCGCGUAGCAGUGCAAAGAAGUCUGCCGAUGAGGACAGUACUAUGAGAACUGCUGAACUGGCUAGACACAAUGGGUCCUUCAAAAGACAGAAGCCAAGACUGGUUUCUGGUUUAGCAAAGUGUUCAACGCCUGACUCGAGCAGUAAGGACUUGGUAGGACGUAGAAUAAAAGUUUGGUGGCCUUUGGAUAAGGAAUUUUAUCCAGGUGUUGUGAAAUCUUAUGAUUCAGCAAAGAAGCUUCAUACAGUCUUAUAUGAUGAUGGAGAUAUUGAGCAGCUUAACAUGGCUAAAGAAAAGUGGAAAAUGAUUGAAAGUAAUGGUUCACCAAUGAAGCAGCAAAAGAAGGAUCAUGUAGGUUCAAAUCAAGAACGAGCACAGGAGACGAAAUCUACCAGCAGCAUGGAAGUUCCAGCUAACCAACAUAAGCCAAUAAAGACAUCACAGGAGACGAAAUCUACCAGCAGCACGAAACUUCCAGCUAACCAACAUAAGUCAAUAAAGACGCCCUCACCUCUAAAGAGGAAAGGAAAACCAAAAACGCCGCCGAAAAACAAACGUAGAAAGGCAUCAGGAGGUAGACGGUCCAUUGGAGCUACCAGCGAAGCUGGUGUUAUUGAGUCAGAUUCAGCCAGUUCUCUCGCUCAUUCAGAUUCCGACAAAGAUGUAAAAUCAGAUGGCGACAAGGAUAAAGAGGUAGAGGUUGGCUCAGCUGAGAAAGAAAAGGCAGAAAAAACAGAGAACGAGUCUGCAGAAGAUAUGGAGUUGGAAGAGAAAAACCCUGAUGGCGACAGUUUGAGCGGCAAGAAGGAAUCUGAUGACGAAACUCUUAGUGUCUGGAAAAAGCGUGCAUCGCAAGCGACAUAGGCUUUACUUACUCUCAGUUGACAUAUGUCGUCCUAGGAUGCAGAUAUCAGAGGCAGUCGUCUGUGGAAUGUGGAUAUCUCAUUAAUUUGACCCUUGCAGCUGACAGUUGUGAUGUAGAAAAAUGUUCUUUGCAAUAGCAACAGGUUAGUUAGAAGAGCCAGCUGGAUAGGAAGGAUUUGCUUUGUAAUGUUAUUUAGGUGCUAGAACUUGCUGCCGACUUCACCAUGCCAUUGUUUGAUGGGCGUAUGAAUUCUUGAGGGUCAGAUGUGUAACAUAUCUUGUCUACCAUUCUUUUGCAGGAUAUAUUGACCGUGUCUUUAAAACUCAUGUAGAAAUGUUGUACAACAAUAAAUCAGUGUCUUGGGAUU